CCAACUUCGGAAGUUUGUAUAGCCUUUUUCGCUGAGAGUGCUGUCGCUCCGGAGUAUCGAGGUUGAUCGGGGCUGUUGCGUGCGCGGCUGAACGUCUCCGCCCCGAGCGAGUCCAAGAAUGGAAGGGUCAGGAGAUAUGGAGUUGGAACGACGGGAAGACGUCGUAAGAGGGAUGACAUGUUGGUGACCUGUUUGCUGCUGUGCACUGCAGUCAGCAGCAAUUGAAAUUCAACCGCUAAGCUGGCUUCCAUAUACGACUACAAUCUUGAGCAUAUGUCCCUAGCGGACUACUACAAGAGUUUCAAAAUGUAUCCUGCUUCGCAAUCAUAUAAGCCAUAUCAUGACGUUUCGUCGGAAGACGCGUCCGACCAUGGCGAGGAGGAAGCCUUCCUCGAGAAGCCAAACGGGAGCCAGAAGAAACAGUCGCGUUAUCGACGGUGGUUCUCCAGAUUCGGCUGUUGCCUGAUCAACGCCUCCGUCGCUUCCUGCAUCUUCAGCGCCAUAACGACCUUGCUCGUCCUGGUCCUACUUUUGGUGUCGACGAAGGGGGAGCCUCUGAAGAUCAUCAAGGAGUCCGCCAAGACGGCGUUCAUGGGCCACAAGGAAGCGGUUCCGCUCCACGGUCACGGUGCUCACGAUCACGGCUCAGCUCAUGCCAACGCUGGUCUCGUCUCGUGCGGCAGCUCGCCGGCGGAAGCAAAGGCUAUGGGAUGCAUCUUCGAUGUCAUGUCCUUCGCCUGGACGCCACCGCAAUGCUAUGACCACGAGACCUCGCAGAUGUAUCUGAAUCGUAACGGCCCCUGGAUCUUCUACCUCGAUCACAACGCCACCCAGCCGCUGGAGUUCGACACCCUGUCUGAGCAUGAAGUUGUGUGGACAGAGCACAGCUACCACAUUGUCCACUGCUUGUACGCUUGGGAGCGAGGACACAUGGCUAUGAAUAAGGGCAAAGGCACGCUCAUUCCUAGCGAGCUUGGAAGCAUCGACCACACGAGGCACUGCGUUGAUCUUCUUGACGACGUCGGAGAAGCCGCCGCGCCUGCCAAGAAGGUCAACGCCAUCGCCUACCUCGUGUACGAUAGCUGCAGGGAGCUCGAGUAGCUUCCGUUGCAGCCGUUGCAGCUGUCGGGUUGGCUGUGGAGACACGGAGAAAAGUCUAUAGGGUGAGGUUGUCCCAAAGUGGAGCACGCGCGCAGCGGUGGCAUACUGAGUCGAGAAAGUAAAAAAUACGGCUUCACGUAGCAGAGGGAAGGAAGAUGCCGUUGCCGUUUCCUCGAUCAACGCUGGGUCUGCGAUGUCCGAUCGGGGGGUGGUGCAUGCUCACGGCUGUUUAAGCGCCGUUGGCGUGUAACCACCACCAUGCAGCGACGACACGGCGGAGGCGUGGUUUUGAUUUGUUCUUGUUUUUGCUCACGGUCAGUUAAGCGAUGCAGCUAGAAUAUUUUAAUGCGCAUAGUUGCGUUGAAAAAAAAAAAAAAAAAAAAA